AUGAUAUUGGUGGCAAGUAUCUGGAUACAGGCAUUUACAGGGACAAAUUUUGAUUUUUCGUCGUACUCGACUGGUUUGAAAUCGGUUAUGGGCAUAUCCCAGGUUCAGUUGAAUUAUUUGUCGGUGGCUUCGGACGUGGGAAAGGCAUUUGGGUGGUGUUCUGGGAUUUGUCUUUUGUAUUUUCCAUCGUGGCUUGUUAUGUUCAUUGCUGCCUUCACGGGACUCAUUGGUUAUGGCCUGCAAUGGCUCGUCAUUCAGAAAAUCAUCUAUUUACCUUAUUUUCUGGUAUUUCUGUUGUGUUUACUAGCUGGUUGUAGCAUUUGCUGGUUUAAUACGGAAUGGGCCAGUCGAACCAUCCAUUCGAGCUUCAAUUUGAUGAAUAAUGACGAUCUUGAUGUCCAUAGAGAGCUCAUGGAAAUGGAGACUCCACAGACCGAUGAUGUCUUAUAUAGUGGUCCAUAUAAUUCAAAAGAGAAGGAAGGAAGCGGGAACAACGUGUUAUUCAAAGACAACUUGAAGCCUCGGGAAGCCACAGAUUCCAAUGUAAGGCAUGUACCAGUUCUUGCCAUCAUGUCGGAGAAUUACCCCAAACUCUUGCGCUAG